CUAUAGCCGUCCAAUUGUCGAUCUACAAUCCCCUAAAACUUUUGUUUUCAUCUUGGAAAGGAACGGGUAAAGACAAGGCGGUUUGUUAUCAAGAUAUCCCCUUCUCCUAACUGGCGAUAACAGAUUGACAUUACCCAACAAAACCAAUUUGACAUUUGCCACUACUUAUGGAGGAAUUUAAAAAACCAACUCUUCCGGUUGCUCCCGCUGGGAAAACAGAGAAAACAAAAGAAGAAUUCAAAAAACCGAGCACUGAAGAGAAAGCCGUAGUAAAAGAAGAAGCUCUAAAAAAUCUACCGGCAACUAAUAAGCCACCCCAAACAUGUCCCUACAAAGUUCCACUGUGGUCCAGAAAUCCUCCCCAAAAAUGUAGUUAUGCCUUUGAAGUUCUAAAAUCGGGUCAAAUCAUAGAUGAAGUCAAAGACUUACAAACAAAACCACUUUGGACGUUCGGUCGCUUGCCGGAGAAUGAUAUAGAAAUGGCCCAUCCAACCAUAUCAAGAUUUCAUGCGGUUUUGCAGUAUAGGCCCAAGGAAACUGCAACACAGGGCGGUGAUAAAGAUGAUGAUGCUGAGGAGGAAAAAGAGGAGAUAAGUGAGGAGAAAACUAAGGGACCACCGGAAGGAUGGUAUAUUUAUGAUUUGGACAGCACCCACGGAACUUUUUUGAACAAGCAAAGAAUACCCGCCAAGGUGUAUAUUCGAAUACGUGUCGGACAUAUUUUACGUUUGGGAGCCAGUACCAGAUCUUAUAUUCUCCAGGGACCAACAGAGGAUGAAGAACCUGAAUCAGAAUUGACAAUAACGGAGCUAAAGGCAAAACGCCAACGGGAUUUGGAGGAAGCUGCACUGGAAAAGAAACGUUUGGCAGAAGAAGCUGCAGAAAGGGAACGAAAUGAGGGAUGUAGCUGGGGCAUGACUGACGAUGCCGAUGAGGAAACUGAUUUAGCCCAUAAUCCAUUUGCUGCCACAAAUAAUGAAGAACUUUUCCUCGAUGAUCCCAAGAAAACAUUAAGGGGAUAUUUUGAACGUGAAGGCUUGGAUUUGGAAUAUAAGUGUGAUGAAAUGUCUGCGGGUUCAUUUGUCUGUCGCGUAGAACUACCUUUGGAUGAUGACAAUGGUCGUCCAAUUGUUGCUGAAGUUGUACAUAAGGGAAAGAAGAAGGAAUGUGUGGUCCAGUGUGCCUUAGAAGCAUGUCGCAUACUCGAUCGUCAUGGUGUCCUUAGACAGGCUAACCAGGAACCCCAAAAGCGUAAGCAAAAAUCGAAAGAUUCCGAUUCAGAUGAUGAUGAGUUUUGGGAUCGUACCGGAGAUGUGGCAAGGAAGAAACAACGAAGAAGUAAUACCACUACAAAUGUCACAUUGACAUAUGAAGAUUUGCUAAAACAAGAGAAUGAAUUGAAUAAAGAACUUCAACAAGUCCAGGCAAAUAUCUCUGCAUACCAAGAGAAACAAAAGCUGCUCAAAACACAAAAAGAAAAUGAGGAAUCCAAUGAUGACCUAGAUAGUUAUAUGGAAAACUUACAAGCAAAAGAAACGCCUGUGGAUAAAAUAGAAAUAAAAAAGUUAAGGCUCGAAGAGUUGCGUUUGAAAACGGAAAUACAACGAAAUCAGAGACUGCUAAAGAUAGCGAAACCAGUUGAUUUACCCUUUAUGAGAAAUCCUUUAGAACAAAGCAAAAGCGAACAGGCGCAAGGAGAAGUGAAGAAAAGGCAAUUGCCAAUGAUUGGCAAACGUAAUCAAUUUAGUAAAUUUAAAAUUGUUAAACCCCUAGAGAACAGCAGUGCAAGUAAAAGUUCAAAACCGCCUGCUCAGUUGGCAUCCGACGAAGAGGAGGUAGAAGAAGAAGAUAGCGUCGAAACUAAAGUUGUAGAUGAUGAAAAACACAAAGCGGAAUCAAAAGUUAAUAUUGAUGAAAUAUUCGAAAGAAAUCUAGAGAAUCAGGAAGAUAAACCAAAUCUAAUUAAACCAUCAUUAGAUGUGGAUGAAGAAAGGAGUGAAUCUCCAUCCAAGGAAUCCUCAAAAAUGGAUGAAUGUACUGAAAAGAUAGUCCCAAAGGUUGAAUGCAAUAGUGAACCAGAAAAUAAGAAAGAACAAUGCAAAUCAGAUGCUCCUAGCAAAGAUGAAAAGAAAGACUCAAAUCUUAAUGAAUGCCCCAAGAAGAAAAGGCAACGCAACCGACAACGCACUAAACGUGAAGCUGAAAUGGAGGACGACAUUGAAUAUGAAUCAUCGGAUAAAUAUGCCAAAUGGGUACCACCAGAAAAUCAAACUGGAGAUGGUAUUACCGAAUUAAAUAAGAAAUAUGGUUAUUAAGUAUUUAAAAAAAAUUCUAUAAUAAAUAAGGAAAAAAAAUAUGUUAAGUCAACAAAAUUGUAUCCUGCCCUCAAAUUAAGUUUUUUCCUGAAUCUACUAAAGUAAAUGUA